AUGGCGUCGCAGAAUGUGGCUUGGGUCGGGAUACACGGCGACGACCCUCGAAGCUGCCGCUUGGGCACCCGGAGCAUGCCGCGGCUCGUCGGAUCGGUGCGAAUUGCGCGCGCGCACGCGAUGGACCGGCUCGAUGGCCAUGGCGUCGAAGUCAUCGAAGUCGUCGAAGUCGCGUUGUCGUCCACGGAGGGGUCGCAGUCGGUCGAGGAAGGAUCCCAUCCGGAGGGGUGGUGCAGGCCAGGCGGGCAGGGCCGCACACAGGGCGCGGGAUGCGCACCGGGAGACCGGAGAACCACGAGAUAG